GUUACGACAAGACAAUGUAAAUCACCAGCUAGCGAGGAGGCUAAAGUUAGCUGAAAUGAUCGUGUCAGCAAAUCUAUAGUUAGCACUAGCUGUCCCUCGGGACAUAGCUAUAGGAGGACACGAAUCUCACGUUUGAGAAACUACUUUAGAGACUUAACAUACUGCUGUCUUGUCCAGGAGGAUGUCUCCAGUGGUGAAUGUACCGAGGAUUCAGCUGAGGACUUCUGGACCUUUGCGUUCUUCAGAUCCACCCACCAUAGAGGAGCAAGGAGCGAGUACAGACUGCAAACAGAAUGACCAGCUCAUCUGCUCCCAGGAUGGUCAAUAGUUACAAGCGGACUUCAAGCCCUCGAUCCCCUACUAACAGUGGGGAGCUCUUCACCCCGGCACAUGAGGAAAAUGUGCGCUUUAUCCAUGAUACCUGGCAGUGUGUGCUCAGAGACAUCAGAUCAACACAAAAUAGUGAACGUAAUGACCGUGGACCACAGGAAUAUGUGGAAAAGAACCCUAAUCCUAACCUACAUUCUUUCACACCAGUGGACCUGAGUGACCUCAAGAAACGCAACACACAGGACUCCAAGAAGUCCUAGUCCCUUCUCAUGAUGGUCUUGUCACUUUUUUCCACCCAUUAUCCUCGAGAACUCUUCCUCCGUCAGCCCUCUGUCAGCCAGAAAGUCAGCCCUGUUGGCCAGUCUUCACAGAAUCUCCAUUCUAAACUCUGGACCAUAGCAACCCCCGUCUCUUUCUUUAUGCUCUACAACUGACUAAGAAGAAAAUAGCUGGGAUUUCAGGGAGCAGAAAUUCUCGUCUCUCUUGGUUCAUGAUUUUUCAAGCCACAAAAUCUUUUUAUGUACAUUCUUUAUGUGGACGGGACUGUUGCAAACUUUUAUCAAAAUUUGCUGACAUCUGAUGCUGAGGUACAAACUGUUGACACUCUCCACAGGACAAAAAAGACUGCAGUCUUAAAUAUAAACCCUGUUUCUUUAUUACUACUACUUAUAAGACCUUGGAGGAGAAAAUGCGAAAGGGCUGACUUCUAUUUUUUUUUUAGUUUGUUUUGGAAGAUAGUUUGAUAGAUAAAUUGUAGAUGUAAUGGAAUGGUCACAUUGGAUAAACACUUUAUGGGCAAGUUUUGAAAGCCAAAUGCAAUGUAGAAGGCCAACAUUUUUAUUAUAAAUUUUCUUGCCCCAAACUGGACUUUACUAAGUAGAGACCUCCCCGAGUAUGCUGCCCUUGGUUAACCCGCCUCCCCUUAAACAAAAUGUUGAAUAAAAGACUUUUACAGUA